GGUGGAUUUGGGUAUGUGGAUUUGAAGAAGUGAAUUUAGGGGGACAGAUUUGGGGAGGUGGAUUUGGGGUUCUGCAUUUGGACAAGCGGAUUUUGGGAGGUGGAUUUGGGGAGGCAGAUUUGGGGAGCUGCAUUUGGAGAAGCGGAUUUGUGGGGAUAGAUUUGGGGAGGUGAACUUAGGGAGAUUGGUUUGGGGAGGAGGAUUUGAAGAAGUGAAUUUAGGGGGGCAGAUUUGGGGAGGUGGAUUUGUGGAGGCAGAUUUGGGGAGGUGAGCUGAGAGAUGUGGAUUUGAAGAAGUGAAUUUAGGGGGACAGAUUUGGGGAGGUGGAUUGGGGGAGCUGCGUUUGGAGAAGCGGAUUUGGGGAGGUUGAUUUGGGGAGGUGAACUUAGAUUGGUUCGGGAAGGUGGAUUUGGGGACGUGGAUUUGAAGAAGCGAAUUUAGGGGGGCAGAUCUGGGGAGGUGGGGUUGGGAAGGUGGAUUUGGGAAGGUGGGUUUGGGCUUCUGCAUUUGGAGAAGUGGAUUUGGGGAGGUGGAUUUAGGGAGGUGCAUUUGGGGAGCUGCAUUUGGAGAGCAGAUUUGGGGAGAUGAUAGAUUUGGAGAGGCGAACUUAGAUUGAUUUGGGAAGGUGGAACUUCUGGGGAGGCAGAUUAGGAAACGUGGAUUUGAAGAAGUGAAUUUAGGGGGGCAGAUCUGGGGAGGCGGGUUUGGGGGAGGUGGAUUUGGGUUCUGCCCGUGGAGAAGCAGGUUUGGGGAGGUGGAUGUGGGGAGGUGGGCAGCACGCUUGUACCUCUCCGUGCGUGCUGGCAGGGAUUGCUGCUGGGGUGCAGGAAAGAGGCAAGGGAUGGCAGCAGUGCUGACGUGCAGGGUGGGCUCCUUGGGCAGCUCGGUAGUGGGUGCACGCGUGGCAUUCAAAGCUGUUAAAUGAAUCCCCAUUUUCUCCUCCUAUCGUUUUCUCUCCCCUCCCUCCAGUCUUCCAAAAAGCCCAAGACCGCGGAAGCAGACACGUCGAGCGAGCUUGCCAAGAAGAGCAAGGAAGUCUUCAGGAAAGAGAUGUCCCAGUUCAUCGUGCAGUGCCUGAACCCCUACCGCAAACCUGACUGCAAGGUCGGCCGGAUCACCACCACCGAGGACUUCAAGCACCUGGCCCGCAAGCUGACGCACGGCGUCAUGAACAAGGAGCUGAAGUACUGCAAGAACCCGGAGGACCUGGAGUGCAACGAGAACGUGAAACACAAAACGAAGGAGUACAUCAAGAAAUACAUGCAGAAAUUCGGGGCCAUUUACAAACCCAAAGAGGACACGGACUUGGAGUGACCGCCUCGACCCCGACCCUCGCUGCACCCGGCGCUCCCCAUGGAGACGCUGGGGUGUGGGGCCUCGGCGCCGUGGGGCAGCCCCACCGAGCCCCACCACCCCA